AUGCUGCUGCCCGAUCAGACGUACGAGCGGUUCGAGCGGCUUAAAAGGCCGGAACAGGCGUACGAGCGUUUCGAGCGUCAGGAACAGGCAUACGAGCGGUUCGAGCGACCUGAACCGCAACUGGCCGCACUGCUGCGUGCACACCGCGUGCGUCCCGACUUCUUCUGCACGUAUCGAUCUCAACCUAGCAGAUCGUCUGCUGCUGACGCAGAGACCGCGGCGGAGACGUCGGUCGCCGCGAAGGGCGGGCGGCGGAGACGCGUUCGCCGCACAAGCGGACAAGUUACUAACCAGUCAGUAACAGCCAUACGUCUAUUAGACAAUUUAGAGGGUGUACUUCUGAUUGAUAAUGAUAGGUAA